GAAAUACGGUGAAACAGAAGGGGGAAAACAUGCCCGACAACACUGCGGCGCGUCUGCGCCAUCUCAUCGCCUGUGUCUUUGGCUUAUCUCUAUGUUCUAUCUCACUGUGCAUCAAUGUUGUUUAACCAUAACAUUGUACGACCUUCCAUUACGAAUCCGUUUCUUUUUCCGAAAUACUCUUUGCUAUACACAGAUUAUGGCAGAUUAUUCCAUUGGAGAAAGGAUAUUAGAGGAGCGGUUAUAUGAAAACGAGACUAGUCGUCCUCCUGAACCAGAUCAUGUGAUAAAUUUGAAACAUGGUGUUAUUCGUGAAGCUUACGAAUUAUUUCUUACGCAUUUCGGUGCCAAUUCAAUAGACGAACUGAAAGCUGCAGUUGCUCCUGGACGAGUGAAUCUUAUUGGUGAACACAUUGACUACUGUGAUGGAUUCGUUCUACCCAUGGCUAUCCCUCUCUAUACUGUUGUACUUGGACGGAAGGCGCAUGAUCAAAAACGCGGUUCCACUGAUGUUUUCUCAUCUUACUUUCAAGAUCCUAUUACCAUCCAACUACCUUAUGACAAGAUUGUCGGGAAGGAACAAACAUGGGGAAGAUACAUACAAGGAGUGCUUGCUUUGACUGGUUGCAAUCUCUCAUUAGAUGUGGUUGUGCAUUCCAGCAUCCCACUGGGAAGUGGUCUCAGCAGUUCUGCUGCUCUCGAAUUAGCGACAUAUCACUUCGUUUCGCAAUUUUGUCCUGAGCCUUUACCUAGAGGGGUGAAAAGUGCAGAACUGUGUCGUCGGGUUGAGCAUGAGUACGCAAAAGUGCCUUGUGGAAUUAUGGAUCAGUUCGUCAUUGCUUUAGCUGAGCACGGACAUGCUCUCCGCAUAGACUGCAGAUCCCUUUCAUAUGAGUUGAUUCCGAUGAGUAUAUCUCAUGAUGCCACAUUUCUGAUAACCAACAGUGGAGUGCGGCAUGCACAUGUGGGCAGCGAAUAUGCUAAAAGAAGAAGUACUGUAGAAAAAGCUCUCCGAGUUCUCAACGUUGCAUCAUGGCGUGAUGUGACACAUCAGCUUCUCCGAGAGAAGUCCCACCUGUUUGAUGCUUUCACACUGGAUUGCGCCUUGCAUGUUGUUGAUGAGAUUGAUCGGACGGUCAAAGCAAGUGAAGCACUUCUAGAUAAUGAUAUUACUCAUUUCGGACGAUACAUGUGUGAAGGUCACAGCUCUCUGAAGGAUAAAUAUCAUGUGUCAUGUCCAGAAAUUGAUGAGUUAGUAUCACUCACGUUGUCAUGUGAGGGCGUUUUCGGUUCAAGAAUGACUGGUGGUGGCUUCGGGGGCUGUACGGUCACGCUUGUUAGAAGGGAGAACUUGGAAGAUGUGAAGAAUUAUAUAAAGGAAAACUACAAAGGUGGUACUCCAGCGUUUUACGAAAGUGAACCGGUGUCACAUGCAUCCGCGGCCGAUUUAGAAUUUCUGGGCAUGUGAGACGUUCGACAGCACUGGUACUGCCAUGUUCUUUUUGGAGAUUAUGUCACAACGGUUACAGUGUUUAGUCAAAAAGCUUUCAAGAUAUAUGUUCAACGUUUUAGGUGAUGAUUGUUUUAUUGUGAUACGGUUUUUGAUAGAUUCUGUUGUCACGUGUUCCAUUGUAAACAUUUGUAGACUGCACUUAUCAAUAACGACGUGUCUUAAAGGGAAUGAUUUAUAGCAUAUAACAGAGGUAAAAUAAAAGUUUUACAAUUC